AUGGGCAGUUUUUAUAGACGCGGGACGGGACGGGGCGGGACGAAAAAAUCAUGGUCCCGCCGGUCUCUGGGACCUACACAGCUAUGGAAACCUGCCGGUUUAUAUUUCGAUACAUUAUCAAAUAGUCUCGUCAUUGCUAAUCAUAAUGGUAAAAAUAUCGUUCGUUGGAUAUUAGGUGAAACAGAUUGGACACUUCUUGCUGGUAAUCCUAAUGCAAUAUCAGGUAACAAUGCAACUUUAUUGAAUAACCCUCAACAAACGACAUUUGAUCCAAUGGGUAAUAUGUAUGUUGUGGAUAAAAGUAACCAUCGUAUACAAUUAUUUAUGAAUGGAUCAAUCGAAGGAAUAACAAUUGCUGGCGUGACAAGUUCCAGUGGUUCGAGUUCGAUAUUACUCAAAUCACCAUACCGAAUUCUAUUGGACAAACAACUCAAUUUAUAUGUUGCAGAUACAUACAAUCAUAGAAUUCAAAAAUUUCUUCGCUAUUGA